GGAUUGAACGGAUGGGCAGGAACAAGGCGGCAAGUAGGAAGUGAAAAUGAACUGGGGAAGAAAGAUGUUUAAGUACUGUAGCUAAUUGAGUAACGUAAGUUCGCGAGUGUUUAAGCCACGGGAUGGUCAGGGAGAACCGUUAGCUGGACCAAUGGACACGCAGCCGAAAAUGCAAUUACGGAAACGUCGAGGCAACGCUUUACACAGGACUAAACAGAAUAGCCCUCCUGGUGCUUUGAAGGAAAAUGUACCACAGAGGAAUAGACAGCACUUCCACGUUGACCUAUGGUUCUGCCUGACUCUGCAGAACUGGAUACUCGACUUUGGACGGCCUAUUGUUAUGAUCAUCCUUCCUCUGGAAUGGUUUCCCCUGAACAAGCCCAGUGCUGGAGACUAUUUCCACAUGGCCUACAAUGUCAUAACACCAUUCCUAAUGCUCAAGCUGAUUGAGCGCAGUCCCAGGGAGCUGCCUCGCUCAGCGGUCUACCUCUGCAUCAUCACUUUUGUCAUGGGAGCCAGCAUCCACCUGGUGGGAGACUCCAUCAACCAUCGGCUCAUCUUGAGUGGCUACCAGCUCCACCUGUCAGUCAGAGAGAACCCCAUCAUCAGAGACCUUAAACCUGCUUCAUUGAUUGACUCUUUUGAGCUGCUGUAUUAUUAUGAUGAACAGCUGGGACACUUGAUGUGGUACAUGCCUUUCUUCAUCAUUCUGUUCAUUUACUUCACGGGCUGCUUCACUGAGGCAGAAGAACAGAAAAAGAUUCCCACCUCUGGUUGGCUGUUGCUGGGACCCAGCGCUCUCUACUAUUGGUACUUGGUUACUGAAGGACAAAUCACUGAACUUUUCCUCCUCACCUUCCUUGCCAUGGUUUCCAUGGUGAUAUAUCAACAGCGUAAAGGCUUCAGCCCAGACAGCAAUGGCCUGUUCCUGUUCUGUAGUUUCAGUGUUACUGUGUUCCUGGUGGCACUGUGGGUGGUCUAUCUGUGGAACGACCCGGUGCUUCGCAACAAGUACCCUGGACUCAUUUAUGUGCCAGAGCCCUGGUCCUACUACACCCUACAUAUCAAGAAUAACCACUGAUUUACACCUGUCCAGGUCUGUGUUACUUUGUUUGAAGAAAAAUUAUUUCUAAAUGAUGUUGCCAUCAGUUGCAACACAAAUUGUCUCCUCUUUGUAUUUCUGUGUGAAUACUGAUACAUACAGACUUUAACAAUUUGGAAAUGUGAUGUUUGGUGAAAGAUUGCUCCCUUUUUUCUGCCGUUGCAGUUCUGUAAAACCUGCUUGGAUCUUGUGACAUGAAACUAUGAUGCAUGUCAUAAAGUAGGCCAACACUUUCCAUCAUAUGCAUGUGGCAUACAGCAGACUAUCAGAGCCCUCUCACUUUAAUGAGCCCCAUGGCAGAAAUCUGUUUACUGUUUAAGAUUUUUACAAUACCUGAUGUUAGCUAUCUGAGACAAAUAGCUCUGCAAACAUGUUUUGUAAUCAUUACAUACUUAAGAGUUUUUAUCAUCACUAAUUGGCUCUAAUGGGACUGUUAAAACCAAAGUAGGGAUUAACACGCUAAACACAAAAGUGAGCAGUGAGAAGUAAUUAUUUCAGACCAAAUAAAUCUCAAUUGUUUUAAAGUUCUUAGAAGACAGUUGACAUUUUAUCUAAUCUUCUUUAAUUCUUUAAACACAUUGUGCAAUUGCAACCAAGUGUAGAUGACAGCUCAAAUAUCAGCACUGAGUGAUCUGGUGAAAUUUGAUGGUGCCAGACCUUCGUUUGCAUCAUUUUCUGUGUGUGCAGUCCUGCAGAUGUUUAUCAAAGCAGCAGAAAGCAAAGGAUUGAACUUCACUGUUUAACAUAACUGUUAUAACAUGUGCCAGCAGUUUGUAAUCAUCACCUGCUUGUGUUUUUAUCUGCCCUAAUUAGCCCUAAUGGGAAUGCUGAAGGAGUAAAACCAGGGCAGAGAUUAACAUGCUAAAGGCAAAUUUUCUGCUCAAGAUUGGGUAAGCCACUUUAGGGCUUGUAGAAACAGAGCAGUCCCAGCAUUUGACAAAAAAUACAAAUAACCAACUACCUCUUAACCUACCAAGUGAAUGACAUAUUUGACCUUUUAUGUGCAAACCUCGGGUGAAUAUAUGUACGGUAUACUGUCUGAAGAAUGAGAAAAAACUCUUACCUUACUAAACCAUCAUCAGAGAAUCCAAUCUUUCGACUAUUGAAUGCUUUGAGAUUCUUCUUGCACUAAUCAGAAGAAAGAAAACAACAGUUGCUCCUGACUGAUUAACAAAACACACAACAGCUUGAAAGUAGUAAAAAACAAACAAACAAACAACAACAAAAAAAAAAACACACCAACUUAGAUAUAAAAACAGCCAUAGAUAGUAAUACAAAGAAAGCCAAAAGAUUAAAAAAAACAAACAAAAAAAAACCAAGAUAAAACAGAAUAUUAAAAUAGUAACAAAGUCUGAUUGUUACAUGGCCAAGCAGUGUUAAGUAAACAACAGGGUCUGUUUGUUGGUUAGAGUCAAGUCUAUCAAUAAAAAUGUGUUUUGUAGCGGGAUUUAAAAACAGAAUAUUAAAUGGAGGACUAUUUCAAAGCUGUAAAAACAAAACAAAACAUUCUCUCAGGUAUUACGGUUUCGCACUUUGACAGAUUUCUGUUGUGAUUUAUUUAGACUUGAGAGCUAUGAACUGUUGUUUCCAUAUAAGGUCAUAGUACUGUUAAAUAGAGAGUUGACAUUUACAACUGAAUUACAACCCAGCCCUGUUGCUAGCUUACAGUCAUUGACAACACACUGUUCCAGUUUGUAAGUAAAAUACAGUGAACUGUUCACAAUGAAAAGAAGUCUGUUGUACCGAUGCUUUAACAUUAUUUAAAAGGUCAAGGACACCUGAAGAGCAGAUGACUUUUAAGAUAUGAAUGAAAACUUAAAAAAAAAAAAAUUAAAACAGUUGAACUGAUAAAUUCUUAUUUUGCCAUGUUUUUUACAUAUUGAGUGUACUUCUUUAAUUUUAGAUUUAUUGUUGCUAUUGUUAAUGUUUUGUAUAGUGUUCUUACUUUGCUCAGAUCACUUGGAAAAUACUGUGUAGUUACGGUUUAGUUACUUUAGUUAGUGGUUCCCCACAGGUUAGAUUCUACAUCUGUUUAUCUUAAUUAAAAUGUUAAAACUGA